CCCGAAUCUCUCCCGGGCAGCCAGACGACGCAGCACUGCUGGGGCAUUGAAGGCAAGCAGUAGCCAUGAACGGCACAGAGGGACCCAACUUCUACGUCCCCUUUUCAAACGCCACUGGCAUCGUCAGGAGCCCGUUUGAAUACCCGCAGUUCUACCUUGCAGAACCAUGGGCUUUCUCCGCCUUGGCUGCCUACAUGUUCUUCCUCAUUAUCACCGGCUUCCCCAUCAACUUCCUAACGCUGUACGUGACCAUCGAGCACAAGAAGCUGAGGACGCCCCUGAACUACAUCUUGCUCAACCUAGCCGUAGCUGACCUCUUCAUGGUCUUUGGGGGGUUCACCACCACCAUGUAUACGUCCAUGAACGGCUAUUUCGUCUUUGGUACCACCGGCUGUAACCUUGAGGGCUUCUUCGCUACCACCGGUGGUAUCAUUGCCCUCUGGUGCUUGGUGGUCCUGGCCAUCGAGAGGUGGAUCGUCGUCUGCAAACCCUUCAGCAACUUCCGAUUCGGCGAGAACCAUGCCAUCAUGGGACUGGCAUUUACCUGGAUCAUGGCGUUGAGCUGUUCGGCACCACCCCUGUUUGGCUGGUCAAGGUACAUCCCCGAAGGCAUGCAGUGCUCAUGUGGGAUCGACUACUACACCCUGAAGCCAGAGGUCAACAACUACUCCUUCGUCAUCUACAUGUUCGUCGUUCAUUUCUUCACCCCCCUGGUCAUCAUCUUGUUCUGCUACGGCCGUCUGUUAUGUACGGUCAAGGAGGCAGCCGCCCAGCAGCAGGAGUCCGAAACCACCCAGAGGGCCGAGAAGGAGGUCUCCCGCAUGGUCGUCAUCAUGGUCAUCUCCUACCUGGUUUGCUGGCUGCCGUACGCAUCCGUAGCCUGGUACAUCUUCACCCACCAGGGCAGCCUCUUCGGACCUGUGUUCAUGACAGCCCCGGCUUUCUUCGCCAAAGCCGCCGCCGUCUACAACCCAAUGAUCUACGUCUGCAUGAACAAGCAGUUCCGCCACUGCAUGAUCACAACCCUUUGCUGUGGCAAGAACCCAUUCGAGGAACCAGAGGGAGUUUCCACUGCCGCCUCCAAGACCGAAGCCUCCUCCGUGGCGUCCGUCUCACCGGCGUAA